AUGGACCCGCGGCUGCAAGAUCAAUGGACUGGCCGAGCUCCUCCGAUUGACGUCAACCCGGAAGACCCGGGGCUGCAGAUGGAGACGCGGAUCUGCCGCCGUCCGGGAUUCGGCACGGAAGGCAAGACGAUGAAUAUGAACGUGAACUACUUCGGCAUCUCCCUGGACGCCGCCCCGCCGGAGAUUUUCAAGUACCAUGUCGACACGGAACCGCCUCGCAUCCAGCGGCCACUGCCUCGCGGACUCAUCCGCAAUGUGAUCAACGCAGCGCUACGCCAGUACGAGGCGGAAUUCGGUGGGGUCCGCGUGGUGCACGACGGCAUGUCGGCGCUCUACUCGCCGACGAAGCUCGAGUGGAACUCACGCGUCUUUCCCAAUGUGAACCCUGACGCCCCCACCGGCGAGGAUCAACAGACCCGAGACGGCCGACGUCGUAGAGGACCGCGCACGUUCGUCGUCAAGAUGAAGUUGGCAGAAACUAUCGCCGUGGGAAGUUUGGAGGUGCACUACGCGAACCCGGACACGAACGUCAUGCCCGUUCUUCAGGCGCUUGAUGUUGUGGCUCGUCACUUGGGUGCGCAGCGUUUGAUUGCUGUCGGCCGCAACUUCUUCGGUAUGAAGAAGACGCACGAGCUCAAGGGCGGCAAGGAACUUUGCUGGGGCUACCACCAAGCCAUCCGCGUGUCCGAGAAGAAGCUGCUCAUGAAUGUCGACCAGGCGGCCACGGUCUUCUACGAGCCCUGCGAGCUCAUGAAGCUGGCGAUGUCGGCUCUUAAUGUGCGCUCGCCAAUGGCGGUCCGCGAUCUAACGGAGCGAGAUAUGAAGAACCUCGCGCGCGCUCUGCGUAAGGUGGAAGUCAUGCCGAAGCACCGCAAAGACCGCAAGCGCGCCAUCUUCGGCGUUAGUCCGGACCGCGCUGACCGCACUAUGGUGGAUAUCAAGGGCGAGACGAUGAGUGUGGCCGAGUACUUCUCGCGCAAGUACAACCUGCGGCUGCAGCACCCGAGCCUGCCGCUCGUGAACGUAGGCAGCAAGAAGGCUGGCCGAGAGAACUGGCUGCCGAUUGAGCUGUGCGAUGUCGCGCCGGGCCAGCACUGUCCGAACAUCAACGAUCUGGACACGGCCGAGAUCAUCCGCCAGACCAGUCAACCUCCGCACGCUCGUCGCGAGAACAUCCUGAGCCAAGUCCACCAGGCAGGCUUCGAGAACGAUCCGUACCUGGCUGCGUUCGGGAUGAAGGUGGGCCAACAACUGGAGAGGACGGACGUGCGCGUGCUUGACCCUCCUGACGUGCAGUACGCCAACGUGUCCGAGAGACCGUCGGGUGGCCAGUGGAAUUUGAAGGACAAGAAGUUCGUGACGGGAGCCGUACUGCGGAACUGGGGCGUUGUGGUCGACGCCAAUACAAACGAGCGGGAGGUGAAGAACUUCAUUGGGACGAUGGUCGACACUGCGUGCAAGUGCGGACUAAUGAUGGAGUGCCGGAACCCGCUCGUGAUCGAUCGCUGUGGCGGCCAGCGUGGAGAAGUGGAGGACCUCAUGAAGGCCUGCUACCGACAACUGGAAUGCCAGGGCAACGGGCCGCCUCAAUUGAUAAUGGUCAUCAAACAGGACAAAGGCUCCGUCUCCUACGGCCGGAUCAAGCGCACCUCCGACACGGUGCUGGGGAUCCCGAGUCAGUGCAUCGUUGCGACGAAUCUACGUCGAGCCAACCCGCAGCUUUGCGCCAACGUCUGCCUCAAGAUGAACAUGAAACUGAGCGGCAAGAACUCGGUGCUGCGAGAGCCGCUGCCGCUCGUGAGUUCCUGUCCAACGAUCGUGAUCGGCGCCGACGUGGAGCACCCGCGCUCGGGUAUGGGCUCUCGCCCGUCGAUCGCCUCCGUUGUGGCCUCCAUGGACGCGUACUCGGCCAAGUACAUUGGGCGCGUGGCGGCGCAGAAGGCAGCGAACGACAUCCAGCAGCUGCCGCACAUGCUGCGCGACCUCUUUUUGUCGUUCUACCGCAGCACCGAUCGCCGUCCCGAGCGGGUGAUCUACUACCGAGACGGCGUGAGCGAAGGACGGUUCUACGACAUUCUACAGUCGGAGAUGCGCGCGCUGCGCAAGACGUUUAAGAUGCUGUCGGAUGACUACAACCCGCCCGUGACUUUCGUGGUGGUGAACAAGCGCCACCACAUGCGCGUCUUCCCCGUGAACCAGAGUGAUGCCGACAAGAAGGGCAACGUGGUGCCGGGCACGGUGCUGGACACGGGCGUGGUGAGCCCGCACCGCUUCGACUUCUUCUUGUACGGCCACAGCGGAAUUCAAGGCACGAGCGUCCCGUGCCACUACACGGUGCUGCACGACGAGAACCGACUGUCGGCCGACGACCUGCAGCGACUCACGUAUUACUUGGGCUAUACGUUCUCGCGCUGCACGCGCUCCGUGUCGUUCGCGACCCCGGCGUACUACGCGCACCUGGCCGCGGGCCGCGCGCGCUUUUUCCUGUACGAGGGAUCGUCGGACACGGCGUCCAUGAGCACCAACAUGUCCAGCUCGUCCAGCUUCGACUUCGCCGGUCUGCACAAGAACAUGCUCGACUGCAUGUUCUACGUGUAG